GUGUUGCUGACGGACGGACACUCACGUACGAGCGGCAGGCAGUCUGCGAAGACAGCUUGCGAGCGCCAGCAUGACCGGCGCCGUCCUCUUCUUCAUCGUCGUUAUCGGCUGGGUCGUGCUGCUCUACAUGACGUUCAGUUCAGGUGUUUCCUUCAUUCGGAUCACCACCUACGAAUCAAGAAGUGUACCUGAAGAGAAGAAGCGAGAGGUGAUUCCUGUAGACGUGGCUGUCUACUACGAAACGCUGUGCCCUUAUUCCAGGGAAUUCAUAACCAGCAAGCUGCUGCCUGCCUUCCUCAGAGCCCCGGAACUGAUGAACCUUUCGCUAGUACCGUACGGUAAUGCAGAGACGAAGGUGACUGCCGAGGGGUACGAGUUUAGCUGCCAGCACGGAGUGAGGGAGUGCCAGGGGAACAAGAUACACUCGUGUGCUGUGGACCUGCUGGGCGAGCCGACGUCGCAGCUGCAGUUCGUGGCCUGCACGAUGCGCGAGGAGGACGAUCCAGUGGAGAGCGGCCGCGAGUGUGCACGCAGUAUGUACAUUGAGUGGGAGCCGAUUAUGGACUGUGCGGAAGGACGGCUUGGGAAUGAGUUGCUGUACGCUAACGGCGUGAGGACGAGGUCCGUGAGGCCCGAGUUGAAGGGGGUGCCAACUAUCACACUCAACGGGAUUCGACAAACGACAACUGUGGUGUGGAAUGAUUUGCUGGGGGAAGUCUGUAAGCUGUUUGUGGAUCCCAAACCCGAAGAGUGCCUCAAGAGACCAAUACAUGACGUCAAGAAUGCUACUAGUGGCGUCUAUUGAUCUAGGAGACACGACACGUUCGCAGCUUCUCCAGCGAACUCAACACGUUUGUCGCAAUCUGAGUCAGAGGUCGCAAAUAAUUAGUCAAACUGCAGAGACUGACAACAUAAAUGAAUACAUAAAUUAUAAUAUUGAAUGUAAAAGUCAGAAGAGUGAAAUAAAAGUUGUUGGUACAGUAUUAA